UCAGUGUCCAGAAAGCUUUUACAAAAAAAUCGUUUAUACACACACACAGAAUGAAAUGUAGAGCUAAGCUUUGUAAUAAUGUGUGUGUGUAUACGUGCGAUGAUGGUUCUCGCCCAUAUAAAUCCACCCAUCAUUAAACUCAUUUAACAAGACGUAUAGUUGCUCAUAAAAUUGCCAGGAAAAAAUACAAUUUUGCUUGGAAAACGGUAAUUUUGACCCAUAUUUAAGAAACAGUGGUUAGAGAAAUAGUUCUUGUUUAAAGAUGAUGAGACAGAUUUGUUAAAACUGCCACCGACCGAGUACUACACAGGCUUUUCAGCUAUUAAUAAAGGUGGUUUCUGCAAUUAGUGGAAUUGGCAGACGAGGAGACAGUUGGACUGGAGAGAUAUUAAUUAAUGAUAAAUAAGGUUUAAGAAUAUAACAAAAAUCUGGGUGGGGCGAGGGAUUAAAUAAAGGAGAUCAAUUGUAAUACUGAGAAGCUGCUGCUGCAUAAUACACAUUGGAAAAGACAGCUUCAUAUCGGAACGUGAUAACAGACGACACGGAUACAUUACGAAUUAGUAGAGGAUUGAUUGAGGAGGAGAGUUUGUCCCUAUUUUGUUUGUAUAAAAAACGUACCUUUCUUCUCACCCAACUUUCUCCCAGUAAACGCUGUAGGAAUGGUGCUCGUCCUGGUUUUGGGAGACUUGCACAUUCCUCACCGGAUAGCCACACUUCCAGCCAAGUUCCGGAAGUUGCUUUCACCCGGAAGGAUCCAACACAUCCUUUGCACGGGCAACCUCUGCACAAGAGAGUCCUUUGACUACCUUAAAACUGUAGCGGCGGAUGUGCACGUCGUUCGAGGUGACUUUGACGAUAAUUUGUCCUACCCGGAACAAAAAGUGGUCACCGUGGGACAGUUCCGGAUCGGACUGUGUCACGGACAUCAGAUUGUGCCCUGGGGUGACCCUGACGCCUUGGCGAUAGUUCAGCGACAGCUAGACGUUGAUAUCCUCAUCACAGGCCAUACUCAUAAGUUUGAAGCGUAUGAGCAUGAAAAUAAGUUUUAUAUCAAUCCUGGAUCGGGGACGGGUGCAUAUCAUCCAUUAGAAAAGUUUGUCAUUCCAUCCUUCGUUUUAAUGGAUAUUCAAAGUUCCACUGUUGUAACAUAUGUGUAUCAGUUAAUUGAUAAUGAGGUUAAAGUGGAGAGGAUAGAAUUUAAGAAAUAAUAGUUAAUUAAAUUGAACAAUUAUUCGACCUAAUUUUUGCUAUGUAGAGUGGAAAAAAACUGAAUCAAAUUCAAUUUCUAAUAAAUGCAUUCACAAGAAAUAAAUUUGUUGAAUGAUGAAAAAUGGCACAAUUAAAUAUCAUAACAGCUUA